AUGCUCUCGCCCUUGCGACACAUUCCAGGGCCCUACCUCAACCGAGUGUCAGUUCUUCGAGCAUUGCACGGCCAGCGCGCACGCUCGUGGAUUUCCUCGGUGCACCAGCUCCACUUGCAGUACGGGAAUGUGGUGGUAGUAGCACCAAAUGAGAUUAGUGUCAAUGGAGACCCCAAAUAUCUCCACGAUAUCUAUGUGAAGAACUUCCCCAAAUCGCAGUUCUAUGGCCAGUUUGGCAACCACGGCCACCCCAACAUGUUCUCCAGCUUGGCCAACGACGUGCACUUGCGGUACAAACGGGUGUUGACUGCGUUGUAUAGCAAGCUGGCUAUCUUCUCGCCCAAGAACACCACCCGCGCAAACCUUGUGGAGAAAAUCGGCCAGUUGGUGCAGGCGGUGGACGACUCCUCGCGCACCAACCUAGGCAUCGAUGUGUACUCAUUAUUUGCGUCGUUGGCGAUGGACGUGGUGCUGGCGUUCGAGCUCGGUGCUUCCAACGGCACCGACUUGUUGUUGCGUCCCGACAAGCGCCACAUCAUCAUCAGCCACCGCCAGGUGGCUCUGAUGGGGUUCUGGACCACCUUGAUGCCCCGGCUCUGGAACUGGGCUGCUGGCACCACUAUUUUGCAGGCCGCGCAAAAAAUCGAGGCCUGGCAGCUCUCUAUCUAUUCCCACGCGGAAAACAACGUGCCAGCGGUGCCAGCCACCGCCAACGUGUCCACAUUGGAAGCGUUGAAGAAGCAUGGCUACAAGGAGCGUGCAGCCUACUCGUUCUUGUCGGAUAACAUCUUUGCAGGCCACGAAACCACCGCCAUCCAGCUCACUUACUUGACUUACGAAUUGUCGCGGCCUGCGAAUCUCGCGAAACAGCAGCGGCUUGUGGACGGGUUGCGCGAGGCGUUUGGGGUUCCUGGCAGUAGCGACGCCGUGAUUGACGACUUGGAAAGAGUCGAUACCUUGCCGUACUUGAACGCGUUGCUUGACGAGAACUCGCGGGUGCACACCUCUAUUCCAGGCGCUGAGCCUAGGGUGGUGGACCGUCCCUACCUGGUGACGGUGCGCGGGGGCCGCACCGUUGCUCUCCCUAGAGGUACCACCAUCUCGUGCCAGCCUUACUCGGUGCACCGCCAGCGCGAGGUUUUUCCCGAUGCUUACCUGUUCAUUCCCGAGCGGUGGCUCGCAUACGAAGGCGAGCCUGAAGACGAGUUCCGGGCCCGUAUCAAGCGCCAGACCAAGUUCAUGAUGCCGUUUGGCAAGGGUGUUCGCAUGUGCCUCGGUAUGAACUUGGCUUUGAUCGAAAUGAAGUUGGCAGUGGCCAACCUCUACUGGCACUACCAGUCGCGGUUGUGCAGCGACUGGUGCGAAAUUAGCGGCCGCGCUAGCGAGGGUCCCGCUAACCCCAUCGGAAUGGGUGAGAGCUCUCAGGGCAGGAACACCACCGAUGAGGAGAAGAUGGUGAUGGUGGACACCUACACCACACGGCCGUUGAACGACGAGUGCUGGUUGGAGUGGUAUCGCCACGGGGAGGUGGUGCAGUGA